AUGUGCCCACCUCAGUGCCCACCUCAGUUCCCCUGUAUCCACAUCAGCCCCCAGUACCCUCCUCAGUACCCACAUCAGCCCCCAGUACCCACUCCUCAGCCCCUGUGUACCCACCUCAGCCCCCAGUACCCACCUCCUCAGCCCUCAGUGCCCACUCUCAGCCCCCUGUACCCACCUCAGCCUCCAGUACCCACCUCAGCCCCCAGUACCCACCUCAGAGCCCACAUCAUCCCCCAGUACCCACCUCAGUGCCCAAGACCAGGCCCCCAGUACCCACCUCAGCCUCUGUACCCACACCUCUUAGUCUCCUCUAGUACCUCCACCUCAGUGUCCACAUCAGCCCCCAGUACCCACCUCAGCCCCCUGUACCCACCUCAGCCCCCAGUAUCCACCUCAACCCCCAGUACCCACCUCUUUAGUGCCUACAUCAGCCCCCAGUACCUACCUCAGCCCCUGUACCCACAUCAGCCCCUACAUCAGCCCCCAGUACCCACCUCAGUGCCCACAUCAGCCCCAAGUACCCACCUCAGCCCCCAGUACCCACCGCAGUGCCCACAUCAACCCCCCUGUACCCACCUCAGCCCCUUGUACCCACCUCAGCCACCAGUACCCACCUUAGCCCCAGUACCCACCUCAGCCCCCCUGUAA